UGAAGUCAAUUAUAACUUUUUCCCUAUUUCUUUUCCGAUUAAACAUUUUAUACCGUUUAAAUUUUUUGCCGUUUCCCAAUUCAUGGCAUAACAAUGCAAAUGCAACUGUCGAAAAUUCUAUUUGCGAACCAGUCGGAUAUAAGCUAAAUUCCCUAACUGCGUACAUUCUUCCCUUUCAAAACUUUUAUUUUACUUUUUUCCCUUUUGUUAUGACUUUUCAGGGAAUAUUUCUUUUUCUAAAGCGAUGUGAAGUUCAGUGAAACACUUGUUGCAUCGAAUAAAAUGGCUUUGUGUUUACAUAUCUUCGUUGUAAUUUAUGUUUUAAUAAUUAACGAAGUGUUCUGUUUAUCUGGAGGAUUUUAUGCAGAUAAUGGCCGGCAACAAAGUAUUCUAUUGCGUCCGCUACGGCGGAAAGACAAAGUUGAAUUAGAACAUGAAAUAUUACAGCUUCUUGGAUUGCAUCAUCGGCCGAAUCCUAAACAACACCAUGAUGUUCACAGUUCAGCACCAAAAUAUUUGAUUGACUUGUAUAAAAAGUUACAGAAAGAAGAGAUAAACUCGAAACAACUUAAGAAAUCCCAGCGACUUCUUGCUGAAUCUGAUUUUAUAGUCAGUUUUGUCAACAAAAUUCAUGAGGAGUAUCCCCACAUUCGUCAUGAGAGAGACAAACGUUAUUGGUUUGAUACAUCCCAAGUUCCAAAUGAUGAAGAACUUUUUACAGCUGAAUUCAGGUUUUACAGGAAUUACUCCAAAAAGUCAUCUCCUCGCAAGGGAAAAUAUCUUGUUAGUUUGUAUUCUGUUCGUGAUGCUGACAAGCCUAAUAGUAACACUCUUGAAUUAGUUGAUGAAAUGACCAUAAAUCAUCAAAGUGGUUGGCUGGCUUUCAAUGUUACUAAAGCUUUGGUUAAAUGGAUUGCUUUUCCUCAAAAGAAUUUGGGUCUUUAUUUAAAGAUCAAAACUUUAGAUUCUUCAUCACGUUCUUUAGAGCCUCAUGAGAUAGGAAUCGCUGGAUCUACAGGACGUGAAGAAUAUCAACCAUUUAUGGUUGCCUAUUUCAAGUCUGCAAAUCGUUUGCGAAUUCGAACAAAGAGAGGUGCCAAAAAGAGACAAGACAACUAUUAUGAUGAUAACUAUCAUCAUCCUUAUGGUUAUGUCACUCGAGAAAAGUAUAGCUCAAAACGGAAUUGUCAAAGAUCAACUCUGUAUGUGAGCUUCAAAGAUUUGGGUUGGGAGGACUGGAUAAUUGCACCAGAUGGUUAUGGUGCAUUCUAUUGUGAAGGUGAAUGCUCAUUCCCUCUGAAUGCAAACAUGAAUGCUACAAAUCAUGCUAUCGUGCAAACUCUUGUUCAUUUGAUGGAUCCAUCUGUUGUUCCUAAACCACAAUGCUCCCCAACACAGCUGACAGCAAUUACUGUGUUAUAUUUUGAUAAUAAUUCAAAUGUUAUUUUGAAAAAAUAUCGUAAUAUGGUUGUAAAAUCAUGUGGGUGUCACUGAGUAAGAUACAGACACUUGAGCAAAACCACAAAAUAUUUUUAAAUUGCCCGCAAUAAGUGCCUGAUUAUCUCUAACAAAUCAUUUUUAAAAAAUCUUAUGCCUACUUAAUUUCUUUUUAAGAAUAACUUCCCAUUCAUCAAUGUAAAAAUCAUUUAUCAAAGUUUACGAAGUAUUUCAUGCCAUUUUAAUCUGUAGUGCAGCUAUGUAUUUAUGUGUUAUUUGUUGCUAUGUUUGCAAGAAGACAAAAUUAUGAACAUGUAUAUUAAUGACUUAUAUUUAUUGGCACAUUUAUUUUGCCACACUUGAUUAAAAACUUAAGACCGAACAUUAUCAACUCUUCAAAGUUUGUAAAGGCUUGGAAGAGCUGGUAGAGUUUCACCUUUGAGCAAUUAUUUUAAAAAAAUGUAACUUCGGAUUAAUAAUCAUUAAAAUUACUGUAUUAACAAUAAUUCAAACACUUUUUUAAAUAUUGUUUGCUAUUUUAUUUAAAUUAAGUUUCAGUUAAUUUAUGUUGAUACCAUAUAAAAUAUAUUUUUUAAUAAAAAAUUUAAAUAUUAAAUUUUAAUAGCUCAUCCGUCCAUUUUUAAUAUAUCUCAAUUGUUUUGUACCAUUUUGUAUUCCAAGCACAUUGUUGACAUGCAUUUAUUUAUUGCUUUCUGUUGGAUUAUGUAUAAAAAUGAAUACUAACUUUUUUUUUAAGUUGAAUCUCUAGUUAUUGUAUAUUUAUGUGGAUUUAUAUAUUUUUUUGUGAAUUUUUAAAAUAAUUGUUCUGCCAGAAUGUAUUUUGCUUGAGCUUUCAAAUCAUCACUACCGUUGCAAAAUGCUUUUUCUAAAAAGAACUAUUUUGUAAUAAAUUUAAGAUAAUAUUAAAUAUAUAGUGUGAUAAAAAAAGUAGGUUUUCAACUUCAGUAUUUUGAUGUUAAAGAAUUACUAGAUCUAUUACCAAUUUACUUUUAUCUAUAAUACGAUAGUUUCUGAUCUAGACUAUAUUCCGUGAUAAUAAUAUUAACAAUUUUAUUUCAUGAACUAGAAAAUUUUAAUGAAAAAAAUGAGCAAAUUUAAAAAUUAUUUAAUACAAACAAAAAAUUUUGAAAUCUUCUAAUAAAUUUAAUUAAAAAAUUAAAAUUUUGUCAUCUGAAUUCAAAAUAGUGCAGUUAAUGUUUUACUUUAAGAUUAAAUUUAAAAAUAGUUUAUGCCAGGGUUUUGUUGAUCUGUUAUUUUUAUUUUAUAAUAAUUUUAAUUUUAAUAAUUUUUACAUUUCAAUCAUCAGUUUUCUUAACUUAUUUAAUGUAAAUAGUAUAUAAAUUUUACCGAGUUAAGUAUUACUUUUUUUCUCGGUCAUACUUCAUAUUUAUUUUUAAAUUAAUAAUUUGUUAAGUUGUAUUAUUUUGUUUGUAAAAACUUGCAUUAUAAGUUUUCCUCAUCUUAGAAAUUUGAAUCAAAAAUAUAUAAGUGAAAGUGAAUGUUUUCUUGUAAAAAAAAUUAAUUUGCAAUUAACUGAUGCUUUAAUAAUUAACAUUGUUUUACAAUUUGAUUAUAGAUAAAAAAAUAUUUUGCACUUGUUUUCUAAUUACCACUAAGCAAGAUUUUACUCUUUUGUUGAAUCUCAUUUGUUGUUUAUUGUCUUGUGUUAUGUGUGAACAAGUUUAAUUAGCUUGCAAUUAUUUUGUCUUUUAUUUUGAAAUUGCAUUUAUUAAAAAAAAAAAAUAGAAUGCCAUGUUUUUGACCAGCUCUUUGAUUUGCCAAAUUUUGCUAAGUCAUUUAACGAGUAAAUAUUGUGCCAAUCUUUUCCAUCAGUUUGUUAUUGAUAAUUAUUUCUUCAAGCUCAUUUGUUUAUUUAUUCUUUAUAAUCUAAAAUGCUGUGCAUUUGUUUCUUAAUCUUUUUUGUCGAUUUGUAUCACACAUAAUGUUUUUCCUUUUUAGUGAAUGAAUGCAUUAUCAGACUUAAUUGUUUUGCAUUUAAAUUGUUUCUCGUAAUUUGACAGUAUUAAAAUGUUCAAAUAUAAAUACCUUGAAAAAGUAGUCUAUUGAAGUUACAUAAGUAAAAUAAUAUAUAGAAAUUAAAAAUUUUCUUCACUUUUCUCAACUAAAUGCUUUAAAAAAAUGUGUAUAUGUAUGUUUUUUCAUUUGUGUUUUAUUGCUUUAGUUGACAUAACACAAAAUUUUAAUCUUUCUUGGAUAAUUGAAUUAGGUUUUAACAUUCUGUGUUGAGGCAUUUUUUAACAUCUCUUAUAGUAUACUAAAUGUGUAACUAUUAAUUUCUUUAUUAUUUUAUACAUCUUUAAAAUCAUCCUUGCGCCCUUGAAUUUAAUGCUUAAUAUUCCAGUAAUUUCUGUGAUAAAUGAAAAAUACUUCAAAGAUUUCUCAAGUACGUUAUAUCAAAUGUAUUAUCAUAUCUUGUACUGUACAGCAUUUUGUGAAUAAAGCAUUGAAAAUUUUUUGUAA